GCUACGUGCGCAGCGCUCCGGACCAGACACACCGUCCGUUCCCUUUAAACCCCAUCGGCGGGGCCCGCGCAGCCAGUAGAGAUCCAGCUCCGCGGACUCCCAGAACUCUCAGGCAUACAUGCCCCCUAGUGCUGCCCCGCAGUCUCUUUAUCUGCGCCACCCGCGUUGUGAGGACCGCCACUCCGUGCCCCUCAUCCUGCACUUACCGGAUCAGACAGCCGGGACUGCCACUGCCCAUCCUCCCCGGGUGACGGAUUCCACUCCUGACUUUGGGGCGAUCCUCUGUAGACGGGGCGGCCUGGCCACCGGUCCAAAUGGGAGACAGUCCGGUUUUUGGAGGUCUCGGGCACAGCCCACCCAUGAGCCCCGACUUCCAACACCACAGCUUCAGAAUGCCUAACAUCGGGUUCCAGAACCUUCCUCUCAACAUAUACAUCGUGGUGUUCGGCACCGCCAUCUUCGUCUUCAUCCUCAGCCUGCUCUUCUGCUGCUACCUAAUCAGGUUAAGGCACCAGGCGCGGAAGGAGCUUUACGCGUACAAACAGGUUAUAUUAAAAGAAAAGGUGAAAGAACUGAACUUGUAUGAGAUGUGCGCUGUGUGUUUAGAGGAAUUCAAGCCGAAGGAUGAACUGGGAAUAUGUCCGUGCAAACACGCCUUUCAUCGAAAGUGCCUCAUCAAAUGGCUAGAAGUAAGGAAAGUCUGCCCGCUUUGCAAUAUGCCCGUGUUACAAUUGGCUCAGUUGCAUAGCAAUCAGGAGCAUAGACCUCCCCAGGCGCCCCUGCCUGGGGCAGAGAACAUCGUAUAGCUUUCAGCCAGCCCGCCCUUGGUCACUCAUUGUAACGGAGCCGCAGACGUCGUGUCCGUGACCGGAAACCCUCGAGAGGCACCUUCUACCACCGCACUGCGCCUGUGGACGAGAUCCCACCUUAGUCUUGGUCAUGGAUACGUGGACUUGGCAGCAACCAAAGCACUUUUGAUGCCAGCGCAAGCAGGACCCGGAAUACAAGGGAAGAUAGCCUUGGAAGAGCACUUUAGAUGAUUUCACUGAAACUCUUGCACCGGUAUAGCAUAACUAUUGUUAUUAUUAAUAUUAAUAUAUAUAUAUAUAAACACAGGGGUUAUUUAGACUGGAAGCUUCACUGUGCCAGGAGGGAAGAAUUCUUGGCAUGUCCUAAAAGGAGAAGGUACGGAGGGUUUCCAAACCAAGGAAAACUGAACAGCAGUCUCUUCAUACUAUGCAAGCUGCUUACCUGAACAGUGUACACCUGGUUCUGUUACACGAGCGAGAACACCCGGGAUUGUCUAGUGUUCCGAAGAUUCUUUAACGCAAAGGUUUUGGAUGUUGAGCUGGAAGCAUGAAUUGAUCUUGUUGAGUUGAGUGUUCUCCAUUAGUAAAUGACCAUCACUUGUCACAAAAAA